UUGUCCUUGCUCAGGCUCUGACAGCGUUAAAGUCCACAAUCUGCAGCGAGCCUUGCAGGCCAACAGGUCCCUGUCUGUGCAGAGCCACCUCCAGGGCAGGAUGCAGGCAGGCAAGGUGAAGGUGGCUGUCCUGAUCUCUGGAACAGGCACAAACCUGGAAGCCCUGAUCAACAGCACCAAGAAAAGCACCAGUUUUGCCCAGAUUGUCCUGGUGGUGUCCAACAAGCCCGGGGUGGAGGGGCUGAGGAAAGCUGAGAGAGCUGGGAUCCCUACAAGGGUGAUCGAGCACACGGCCUUCCCCAGCCGCGCCGACUUCGACGGCGCCGUCGAUGAAGUGCUGCGGGAGUUCUCCGUGCAGCUCGUCUGCCUGGCAGGGUUCAUGAGGAUCCUGUCGGGGCCCUUCGUCAGGAAGUGGGAAGGUGAGCACAGCUGGGGGCUGGGGGCAGUUAAACAGCAGCACUUUGUCACCAGGGAAAACACGGUGCAAAAAAUGUAGAGAAAGGAGCGGGUUAGUUCUGGGUGUGCAGGGAACAGGAGAUCUCCGGGGUCCCCUUCCAGCCCAAACCCUGCUGUGAUCCCAUGAAACGAGACCCUUCCACCCUGUAAGGAAAGGGUGAGAGGAAAGGCAGAGUUUCCCCCCUUCCCUCUCUCAUUUGUGCAGGGGUUUAGGGAGGCCAAGGGUGAGGACAGGUCUUGUAGUCCUUGAUUUAUUAGAAAAUAUUUAAAAAGAGGCUGUGAAGACUUUAGAGCUCUGCAAACAUGAGGUGCAGGGCAGGUGUUGGCUGGGGAGAGGUGAUCCUCCAGCCCCUGGGAAUUCCUUCCUGACAGAGGAGCUGCUUUGGAUCUGUGUAAACCCACCAAAUUGGGCAGCACUGCAGUUUGGGAUAACAGAACCUGGCCAGACACCUCAGGAGCUGCCUGAGGCCAUGAGUGGUGGCAGAUCAACUCUUGUUUAGGCAGAAUGUUCACAGUGUCUCUACUCUGCUCCUCUUCUACAGUUUUUCCAGGUCUUU